UUUAGGUGAUCUACAAAAACAUUCAGCUUCCUAUUGUUGGAGAUCGGCGACCACUUGAAUCCAAACCUGGUGAUGUCGCAGUCCCGCAAUGUUUCCAAAGUCGUGAAGCAUCAUGAGCUGAAUCGAAGACGCCCCCAUCGCAUGUCAACUCCGAAAUCCGCCUGCCUUCAAACCGAGUCAACAACGGACGAGUGGAUGCCCCUCGUCGGCUCACGCUCUCGAAGCGGAUGAUGGAAGUGAGGCAUAUCCGCGCCAGAAAAAAAACAAAGCACCGCUGUACCAGUACCUGUGGCCCAACCAACCAAGUGCCGACCUCGAUCUCCGCCCAAGGGAAGAAAAAAAAGUCAGUUCUGCUCUGUCGGAGGUGGUUGCACCUAUGGCACCCAUGCCCCGCACGAGGCGUGGGAGACAUGGAAGCAGCAGUAGGGCAAUAAUGGGAAGGGUAAUUGUAAUUGAUCUCUUCUCUUGCUAUUUAGCUAUCUAUCAUCCAACGCUCAGACAGUGGAUUCCAACAGCCUUUUCCAUUCCUUCAAACAAAUGGAUAUCGGGCCGGCCCAAUGCGUUCUGGCGGGAGUUUCGAGAUGGGAAGGGUUGGGACCGAAAAAACACUCAUCUUCUUCCAUCCUGUUCUGCGCUGCUGAGGUAGCCCAGGUGCUGUAGCCGCUACACGCGAUAGUGGAGAGAACAUCCUGCGGGCACUUCGGCUCCUUUCACCACCACCGCGAGGUGUAAAUAUUCUCUCAGCCAAGAACUUGGGUACUGACUGAUUCAUUCAGUGAUUCGUGGGGCCCCUUUUUUUACGCCGGCAGUUGCUUUUUUCCUCCCACAAGAGUACCUAUCGCAAGUCCGCAGCAGCCCGACAGCUUAGCGGCUGGCACUUGUGAGACAUUUGAAGCAUCUGCCCUUUCCCUUGGGACCAGGGAAGGAAGUCCUUGCCAAACCGAGCGACGUGACGGUCUCAAACAGAGCGAUGAUUUGACGCACCCUCAGUGAGUGAGUUCCAGGGCCAGAGCCCUGGUUCCAUCCGGUCGUUGACCCAGGCAUGACGAAUGUAGAUGGAAGGUGUGGUCCACUUUAAAAACCUGCCAUUUUGGGACGGCACGUUUUUCACGUUCAGCGAGAGAGGGUCUUGCUGUGAGGCCGGGAGGGCAGGGCAGGGUAGCCAGUGGAAUUGUUUUCUCUGGAGAUCAUCACGCUGGACACACCAACCUUUUUCCCGCCCAUCGCCUCGUACCGGACAACUGACCAAGGAUGCCAUAAUACGGAUUCAACGAACAGGCAGAGGUUUCCGCGCCAAGCAUUCAGAGGUCGGCGCUCUUGUCGCUCGUUGUUUGAUGUUGGCUCCAACGCUAUCCAGGGUUCUCGGCAUCUUGUUCGUGCUGUCCAGGUCCCCAUGCGAGCCAAGCUGUUUAGUACCAUCGCCCCAUUAGGCCCUCUUACCUGUCAUCAUUAAGAUCGGAGCCCCAUCCGUUUUAUUUCUCAGAUUUCUCUUUCCAUUACCUUAGAAGACCGGGUCUGCCAAAACCAAAACGCCAUGCCGAGGCACGGGCCGACCAUGCGGACCUGCAAGCUACCGAGUAACCAGGCAAAAGAGACAGAUGGUUGAAUCACCAAUGAAAAGGAAAAAACAAGAGGAUGUUGCUGCACAGGAGAAACAAAAACGCAGACUGGUUUCGUUGCCAGACAAACGGUUCUUGGGGCAUCGCUCAAGGGGUCUGGUCUACGGCCAAUGUUUCGAACAUUGAGACCGUUAGCCCGACAUCUCGCCAGUCCCGGCCUCACCUUAGCUUCCGAAGCUAUGAUUGAUCGGUUGACAAUGACCUCGACAUUAGCACGGCCAUUGCCCAAGUCUGUGACCGAGGGCAGGGGAUUCUGUGACUUCUUUCUUUUUUCCCUACCGGUUUGUCUGACAAUGGGUUAUGGAAUGAGCUUGUGUCCGGAGAGAACUGCUCGAGGACUCAGCAUCAACUCUUUAUUCGUCGAUGCUACGGAGGGGGCAUAUCCCACACGCUCCGCCUGGUCAACACCACCGCAAAAGAAGUAAGCCAUCGCCAAUUCAGACGUCACACAUCAUCAUCAGCGCGGCACGGGUUCUACGUACGCCACAGAUUCGCAUUCAGCCCGGCAAGCCUUCCGGAUCCCAAGAUCCACCGAGCCCCCUGUCUGCCCGCGAUCCGAUCCUGGCGCUGGAAAGGCGUCUCGCUUCGUGGGGGGGGUCGCCGUAGAUCUCUCGGCCCUGCUUAGACCCCCAGUCCAUCUGAACAUUGUUUCUCGAUACACACCUCACAUAGCACCCCAUGUGUGUCUUAAGCCAAGAGGUCCAUUCUGUCUAGGUACGUCGCCGUGGAUCUAAAAUGGCUGUGGGUGGGUGUGGAGAAGCGUCAAAGUCCUCCAGAUCGACGAGGGACUAAAGAGGUACCUUGCCUUGCUAGUACCUCUAUGUAUACUCCAUUGCCCAGCACCAAGCCGCACUUUUCUACCUUUGCCCUGUUGUUGAACUUUCUUUUUGUUCUCUUGCGGCAACCUAGCUCGGCAUUCACACUACAUCUCCCUGCGCCUCCAACGGCCAGUCUUGGGAAGUAUACACGCUAGUCUCUCCAAACAACCGACGAUAUCGCCGACACUGCUGUGCAGUUUGGAGUAGUCGCCGUUGUGGUUGUCUGCGCAGCCGCGCUUCUGCUGACCGUGCAGCCCGGUCUUCGUCCUGAUACCCAAAUCCACCUGCGAGCGAGCAAGCAAAUUCUCGGGAGUCGUCUAUAUAAGACCCGAGCCGAUUCGUCUCUAGUCCCGCAGUCUCCACGCACAACCAAACUCGGCGGUCCCUUGCCUUUGCUCUCUCUUCUUCCCGACCAUCUGCUGCGACGAUAUCAUCCAGCCAUACAAGUUCUGGACCCCCCUCCGCUGAUUCAGCAAGACUCGACCUCCUACACUGCGUUUCUGAGCUGUAGGUGAACGCGAGUCAGGCUUUCCGCAGCAUUCUCGAAGCCCUUCAACAAGGCCAAAGCCUGGAGAGACUUGAACCUCGAAAGCCUUCGGCUUUGCAACUUUUGAAGCCUGUUAGUCUUUGACCCGGGAUCUUCCCAGCUGGUUCCCCUCCACCGUUGAUCUAUCGCCGUCUCUCUCCGCUCGGAGCCAAGUUUCUCUCCCACACCAAACACCAGGUCCCUCCUUGCCCCUUCUGAUACCGCAAUCGGCGACUAUCCAAGGCAAGAUCCGUCCUGCCUUCGACUGGUCAAGUCCGUUCCAUCUCCACUCUCGCGCGCAGAGCCCUCCUUAGCUCUUGCGGGACUUGUGGCCUCACCUCACCCGUUGUGGCAGAAAGAAAAUCUAUCCGCGGGCUCUGAGCCUAUCGUCGUCAUCGAGAAAACACAUCACGGCUGUGCCAGAUAUCACCCGGCGACCUACGGCUUCCCGCUUCACGGCUCUCGGCUGGAUACUUCGAAUUCACACGUCGGUAACACCACGGGUUCCAAGGGUCUGGAAACGCGGCGUCUUCUAAUCGUUUUCACUGACGGCGUUGACACGUCCGUUUCCCCCUAGCGGUUGUUAGUUGAUUUCCGUUGCGUUAGUGUUGCUUGCGCGCGCGUGCGGCCAUCACUCCUUACCGCACCACCAAAGUUUUUUUCUCAUUUUUCGACAUCGAGAUCUACCGGAGACACCUGUGGUCCGUGGCCGAUCGACUCGCCAACGAAGCCGGGUCUUUUUUACCUCGCGCGUCUACUCCACUCUCUAGCGGGACACGGAGUGGACUCGGCAACUUGGACUUCGCAGGCAGUUAUUUCGACGUCAAGGGCAUGGAUGACUCUCGAGGCCAGAGGAGGCAGAAUGAUCCGCCCACCUACAGCCGGCAACAUCACCCCGCGCUGCAGGCGCAGGCAGGACAGGAUCGGAGGUCAUUUACGGGUACACAGAGGGAUAGCAGGUUCCAGACGACAUCACUGAGUUCUUCGCCCGCCGGAUCUUCCCGCGGAAUGGGUGGUUCAGCCGGAUACGGCGCUUACUACCAGGACUCAACAACGACCUCGUUCCCCGCGACGGCCAUGACACAGGGCGCGCUGGGCUAUCAUCACUCUGCCGCUGACUACGGGCAGCCAGACUCACGGCAAACACAGAGCUUUGCCGGCACGUACAAUCCAUCCAUGAUGUACAACGUCCAGCAGGCAACAGGGGGGCAGAGUGCCGGCGUGUACGAUGCGAGUCAACAGUUUUCCUCGCGGCAAGCCGCAGGUCUUCCAAUGAUGACGGAUGUCACGGCCCCCUACUUCUCAAGCGAGCCAACCAAUACCACAUCCGCCCUCCAAGCCCAGGCGCAGACGUCAAGCACGCCACAGGUAUAUCAGCAGCCGGGCUUGCAUGGCUAUUCCACCAGCAGCAUGGCAGCCAUUGGAGGAAUCACUACGCAGACCACUCCUGCUGCGGAAGUCAGGAUGGAGGAAGAAUAUCCCGCCACAGGAGGGCUGGACGAUGCAUAUGCGCAAUACCAAUCAGCGCUCAAGGGAAUUUUCAAGGACAUCCGAAAUGGUGCUCUAGCCACUGCCGGAGAAUCCCUUCUUCAGGUCUCGACUUGGCUUUUGGGACACGUUGUUGAACUAGGCCUCACGUCUGACGAUCAGAAUCUCCAUGGCGAACGUAUCAAGCUGUGGAACGACUUCAACUAUGCCUGGCUCGGCAUGUUCCAGCGCCAGAAAGAAAUGAUGGAAUCCGGACAGCAAUUACAGCGCUCCCAAAGCCUAGUGCCGCAAGAAGAGCUGGAAAAGAUGGCCAAGGAGCUGAUCAAGUAUUGCGACAACAUCGAGCGACAUGGUCUGGUAGACUAUCAGUACGGAGUAUGGGAAGAGCAAAUUAUCGAAAUCCUUGGAGAGUGCGUCGAUCUUUACGAGUCGGCCAACGCCUCUGGCAGCAGCGGAGGCGAGGGAUCCUCCAGCUCACGUCGGCGAUGAAGAGGCUGAAGAACGAGGACGCAGUCAAUUGAUGUCUGACUUUUCCCAAUCCGGAGAUUAGUUUUGCCCUUUUGGAGUCUUUCGAUGUCAGGACCCAGACAUUCAUGUACCACCACAUUGCCUCGCGCUCCACAUGCAUCAUUUGUGUGUCUUUCUUUUCCUUGGCUGUUUGCCCUGUUUAUCGGUUGUCAUGUGCUCCAGCAAGGAGUUGGGCGGGUCACCUUAAUACCUCUUAUGUUUUGUGGGGAUGUACUGGGAGUGGGAGGACAGAGAGCUGGACGAUGUGGGAUGUGAUGAAGGCAUCUCUUCUCUAGCUCUCGCUCGGCACUCCUGGGAAUGGAGCGUUUUCCUAAUCUGGGAUUGGAUCUUACGGCAAAGGGGGAGAACACAUGCAAGGGCCCGCAACGUCCCUGACGACGUGCGGAAUAGGAAAGGCUUCUUCUAGCGGAGGUUGCCGCCUCGGAGCUCUUUGAUGGAAAGGCGGUUGGUGAUUCUGGCCAAUUGGGCUAUGGAGCUUUUCAGAGCAUUGCUUGCUUGUGUAUCUUCUAUUAGGAACGGGUUCGUCAGGAAUCCGACAGGGCAAGGAUGUUGUGAAGCUCUCUGCCAUGGCAGAACCUCCCACAAGGAGGAGAUGGAAACCGGCUUGUACCGCUUUGAUCAAUUGAGGAAAAGUUAUCAAGUUGUUUGUGAUGAUGACCGUAUAUGCCUCUUGGCCAGAGCUGCGCAGAGAUACGAGUAUAACUGGCUGGGGGCAACGCCGUGAGUGACGAACAUGGGCAAUGAUGGAUCACAGGUCUGGAUGAGGUGAAAAAAACAGAAAAACAUAGAGUAAUUAAAAAAGUUGGC